AUGCCAACUGAAUUGGUGAAUAAAAAUGCGAGCGAAGUAAUUAGCAAGUACGGCCCAGGCAAAGUGCUGAUUGUGGUGGGGGAAACAGGAUCGGGGAAGUCAACAGGAAUACCACGAGCUCUGCUUGCGGAGACUGCAGACACCAUUAUAGUCACACAGCCCAGAAGAGUCGCAGCUAUCUCUCUGUGCAGCUAUGUGAAAAAGAUAACAGAGAACGAGGACACCGACAUGAUAGGUUACAAGGUCAGGUUUAAAGACACAACCACAAGAAAGACAAGGCUGCACUAUGUAACAGACGGGAUACUGCUGAAAAUGAUGGAGGAGAACAGAAAGAGCACAAAAACAACUACGAUUAUUCUCGACGAAGUGCAUGAAAGAUCAAUACGAACAGAUAUUCUGCUUGGUCUACUGAAAAAGAAAAUAGACUCAAUUAGGCUGAUCCUAAUGAGUGCAACAGCAGACACAAAGAUGCUCAGAGAAUACUUUGCAAAGGACGGGAUACCUGUGGAGUAUUGCGAAAUACCAGGGAAGAAGUAUCCAGUGAGCAUAAAGUAUAUGCCCAGGAGGUCAUCAGACUACAUACAGCUAGCAUGCGAUACAAUAAAAAAGAUAAUAAAGGAAACAAGAAAAGCAAAUGAAGCUGGCACAAGAGAAGACGGAAAGAAAGAAAAAGAAAAUGUAAAAAUAGAAAUGGAUGAAGUAGAUGAAAUCUUUGGGAAUAAUUGUAAAACAAAUAGGAAAUAUACAGCUGUAAAAAACAACAAGAGCAAUAGUAAUGGAAAUAGCGAUAUUUCGAAACUGGAAAAUAACAGCAGUAUGAAAAACUCAGUAAGUGAGGAUUUCAGUGCUGGUACUGUUCUUGUGUUUCUCUCUGGGCUGGAGGACAUUGAUGACUUGUAUAGAAUGCUGGAAAUACACUCAAGCAUUGAGCUGCUCAAGCUGCACUCUUCACUGCCGGAUGCCGAGCAGAGACUGAUAUUCAGCCGGCGCACAAAGCCCAUUCGAGUCAUUCUGUCCACAAACAUAGCAGAAACAAGCAUUACCAUCUCAGAUGUAAAAUGGGUCAUUGAUUCAGGAGUGCAGAAGGUAAAUAUAACAAAAGAUGGAAUAGACACGCUGGGAAUAGUCAAGAUAUCUAAGUCAUCAGCAAAGCAGAGGGCAGGAAGAGCAGGGCGAGUGGGCCCCGGUGUGUGCUACAGACUCUACACUGAAUCAGCGUACUUGUCAAUGGAGGAGAACAACAUUCCCGAAAUAAUCCGAUCUGACAUUUCAUCGGUCUCUUUGUCUUUGAUAAACAUGAAAAUAGACCCAAGGUCUUUUGACUUUCUAGAGUCUCCUGGGGCUAACUCCAUUUCUUCAUCGCUAUCCGAGCUAUUCAUACUUGGGCUGAUAGAUAAAGACGGAGAAAUAACCGAGCUGGGAAAAAAAGUAAGCGCGCUCCCAGUCUCUCCAUGCCAGGGAAAGUUUCUCCUUGUUGCAAAGUCAAUGGGUGCAGGAUGCUCUGCUGCUGCUGUGUGCUCUCUGCUCUCUGGUGAGAGAAUAUCCUUAUUCUCCAAGGACGCAAAUAUUUCCAGUAUUGAAAGCGUACAUAAAUCGCAAAGUAAGGGUUCAGAUCUAACGCUGUAUGCCAGUUUAUUCUUUACCUAUAUUUCGUACGAGCCUAGGCUCCGCGGUGACUUCUGCAGAUCUCUGGGGAUCUCUCCGCAGGAAAUAAAAACAAGCGAAAGAAUAUACUUUCAGCUGCUGCAGUUGCUCAAAGAAAAACACGAAAUAAAAAACGAAACAGAAGAGGCAGACGAAAAGACAAACUACAUCCCGCUGAAGCAGAAAACAGCAGACAGACUGCACGCAGCAGCCAGUGCAGGGUUUCUGACUAAAGUUGCAUCAAGCCAUGGGAAUGGCGCGUAUCUGCACAUGUACACCGGUAAAAACAUUUUCAUACACCCGAGCUCCAUUAUGUUCAAAAGAAGAGAAGAAACUAUCUCGUUUAUCAUGACAUCAGAAACAACGAAGCCGUACAUCCUCCACACUUUUCCAUACACGGGCGAGAGUAUACUUCCUAUCUAG